UGUGCUGAGGAGAGAGCAUAGGCAUAGGCGGCGGUCAGGCUGGCUCAGUAUGCGAAUCACACUAGAGAGAAAGAGGAUGAUUUUAUGCUGCACUACGUCCGCCGCACACGUCCGUAUUUUUUCUUGACGUCAGGAGAAGUCUGAACGCGGACUCUGGUCCCUCCCUGCGCACAAGCACCAGCCGCACAUUGCUUCACCGAGAGGAAAGACAUCACAGCCACUCAUCGCCAUUUAGCUGUAGUCUGGCGAAUCCUAUCCGUGUUGUAGGAUGCCUCUUGGUGAUGAGGACGGAAAUGGGUGGAAAAAGAAGACUUCGGACAUCAAAGACAACUAUGAUUUCAAAGAAGUGCUUGGAACGGGAGCUUUUUCUGAAGUGGUGCUAGCCGAGGAGAAGGGGACCCAAAGACUCGUAGCCAUUAAAUGCAUCCCUAAGAAGGCUCUAGAAGGCAAAGAGAACAACAUUGAAAAUGAGAUUGCAGUGCUGCACAGAAUCAAGCAUCCCAACAUUGUUUCACUGGAAGACAUCUUUGAAAGUACAUCACAUCUCUAUCUUGUUAUGCAGCUCGUAUCCGGGGGCGAGCUGUUUGACCGUAUUGUGGAAAAGGGCUUUUACACAGAAAGAGAUGCCAGCCAACUCAUCCAGCAGAUCCUGGACGCUGUCAAAUACCUCCACGAUAUGGGGAUUGUCCACAGAGACCUGAAGCCAGAGAACCUGCUGUACUACAGUAUGGACGAGGACUCUAAGAUCAUGAUCAGUGAUUUUGGGUUGUCAAAGAUCGAAGGAAGUGGCAGCGUCAUGUCUACGGCCUGUGGGACUCCUGGUUAUGUGGCCCCUGAAGUCCUCGCGCAGAAGCCAUAUAGUAAAGCAGUGGAUUGUUGGUCCAUAGGAGUUAUUUCUUAUAUUCUAUUAUGUGGAUAUCCUCCUUUUUAUGAUGAAAAUGAUGCUAAGUUAUUUGAGCAGAUUUUAAAAGCAGAGUAUGAAUUUGACUCUCCGUACUGGGAUGACAUCUCAGAUUCUGCCAAAGACUUCAUCUGUCACAUGAUGGAGAAGGAUCCAAUGAAGAGAUACACGUGUGAGCAGGCUCUACAGCAUCCAUGGAUUUGUGGAGACACAGCCCUGGACAAGAAUAUCCAUGAAUCAGUGAGCGCUCAGAUCAAAAAGAACUUUGCCAAAAGUAAAUGGAAGCAAGCGUUUAAUGCCACAGCUGUUGUGCGCCAUAUGCGGAGGCUGCAGCUGGGUACGAGUGUGGAGGGGCCCAGUCAGAUCACUCCCACCAGUCCCUGUCAUGGACACCUGCUCCCUGAGGAAGAGGAGGAGGAGCUGGGCAGUGGAGAGGAGGAGAGCUUGUCCCACUAUGAGGAUGGUCGCCGUGGUAGCACCGAGGGCAGCGUGGACCGGGACAGUCUUAGGAGCUGUACCUACUGCUGCAGGCCAGCCAGUCGGGUCUGAGUCCUGUCGUCAUGGCAACAGAGCCCGGAUCCUGCCCUGGAACAGAACCCGCCCCGGAUCCCAGUCUGGCCCAGUCUGAAAACAGUGUAGUGGUCAUCAUCAGGCCGCGUCCGUCAGCUCCUGUGGGCAGUUACAUAAGAGCUAAACAUAUCACAACAAGAUGAUGCUUAUCCCUCUGGACAUGAAGGUUUUAAACAGGGCUUUGUCUGCGUGUGUUUUCAUAUUAACCUCCAGCGUGUAGUGGUCCUUUGUCCUGUCUGCUAAUAAUACUAGUUUUAUUUUAAAAUGACAGAAAAUAGCGUCUAAACUAAACUACACUAUAGCCUUAAGACCUGGUUUGUUUCAUUAUAAUAACUACACUUUAAUUAUCCUUAAUAAAGCAUGAACAAAGGCAUAAUUCGUCAUGAACAAAUAGUUUAUUAAGAACGAUUCAGGCUUAAUAUCUAAUACCCUAACCCUCCUCCUCCUUUUCUUAAUAAACUAUUAGUUCAUUAUGAAUGGAGUAUUUGUGCAUACUAUAUUAUGGUUUAACAAAGGUGUAAUUAGUAUAAAGUGGUAGCUGUAGCUGUUGUCAUUUUAUUACCUGGACAGACAGAUAAAUGUGCUCAUUUUGAAUAAUGAAUGAAGUAAUUUUGUUUAAACCCUCUUCUGGUACAAUGUGAAUCACAACCUCCAUCUCCUGCAAAGUGUCUCUGGACUAAUACUAUUUUUAACAAUAUAUUUUUGCUUUUCUACCAUUGUGUUUUCCAGCGUUUUGGAGGUGGAAAGUUUAAAGCUUGAGCUACAGUUAAGUUACUGUUUACUAUUGACUUCGUGUAACUUCCACCCACAUCUGACCUGUUCUAAGCAUUUCUUCCUCUGGCCGUUGCAUAAGACAUAUUAUUAGGUUCAAAGCAUUAUGGACAGGUGAUUCUAUCUUGGGGCUUGUAUGAUGCGUUUUCUGGCUCAGACUGGGAUCAUGACGAGUGGUUUUAUCUCAAAGUGUCUGCAUGCUCAUGUUGGGAAAGACACAAUAGAAAAUCAAAUUAUUUAUUUUAUUUUAUGACUGUUUAGUUGUUCGGGGCUCAAACUGAGAUCCUCAAAAAAAAAAAAAAAAAAAAGAAAAGAAAAAACUACUACUGAAUACUGUCCUCUCUGGGCUGCCAUAUGAAAAAAGUUGGGGAAGAAGUUUAAAGUCAUACAUUCACAGUUAUGUUGAAAAUACCCCUCAGUCAUUGCUCUGAUUGGCCGGAUCUCAGUCUGGGCGCUCCCCUGCUCUGUGCUGUGCACCUCUAGUGAAAGACGUUUUGGUCUACUGUCUGCAUGACCUGGUAAAUAUUUUUACAUAAAUGAUGAUCAAUUUAACACACAUGAUUAUUAUUACUCUGUUGUAUUGAGAAAUUCUGUACUAUUGUAAUUUUGAACUAUAUAAUGUGAAGUGAGUAACACCUGAAGUAAUGUUGUUCAAGUACAACACAGCACAGUGGACAUUUGCUUUGGCCGCAGAUGUCGAGUCUAUUUAAGUAACAGUUUGUGUACGUUUAUUCACAGCCUGUGUUUUCUGCAGAUGCACACAUCUACUCAGAAUAUCCCCAAUGAGACUGAAGGAAGGAUAUGUACUCCCUGUGUUCCCUAUGGACCAUAUAUCCACGAAUACAAAACAUAUUAUUGGUUUUAAAAUGCUGCCAUUAAAAUCAUUAUUACCUACUUGAAAAAUAUGCUGGUCAAGCCCCUGAGUAAUGCUGACAGAACUUUAUCAUAUUGUAGUAUAAUGCUGUAGCUACCUGUGGAUUAAGAUCCACAUUAAAAAACUAAAAAACAUAAAACAAUACAGAUCCUGACACAUUAUAGUUUAAUCAAAGGGAAUCACUCGGGGAUCUCUGACUGUAAAAUAUGCAAAUAACAUUGUGUGAAGGGCUUGUGUUGACUUUAAGGAGCCAGUGUUAAGACUUCGAUCCUGGCCCUGUCUAUUGAUGAUAAUGACCUUUUGUUUACCUUACCUGGGAUUUGUUGCUACUUGGUUUUAUAGAGCUUAGUUUACCCAUAAUGAACACCCAAAUGCAUAAAGAAACACAUGUAUAUUAUAUAUAUAUAUAUAUAAGUACAUAUUGUAUAUCCUUUUUGUAAAGACUGUUUUGAGCUACAAAUGUAUGGAUGCAAUGCAUCAUGGGAUAUUGAACAAGGUGUAAAAAAAAAAAAGAUGAUUUG